UUAUGUUUACUGCGCUUGGUUUUCAAUCGAAUUCCAUCGAACAACCGCUCGUUACAUCAUGUCUACUUAAGUUACAAAUAGCCAUUUCCUUCUCAGUAUCGUUCAAGGACAACAGUAACUGUUUUAACAACCAAAAAAUGCGACAAAAUUCUUCUACUUACUAACGUCAUUCUUGGGGGCUUUCUUUGCUAACGGCAUGGUACUCCGAAAUCUGGUAUCAGCGCUGCAGGAAUCUUGAACAGCUUUUUUUCGUCAGUGCCGGCUGUGGGUGGAAUUUGAGCACAGAAUUGUCAGGCUGCACUCGGCGUAAAAUUCCAUCAUGGCGGCUGUGUGUUGAGCUCGACAGUACGCGAAAAUGUUGUACCUUGUGGGUCUUGGGUUAGGAGAUGCGAAGGAUAUCACUGUUAAAGGACUCGAAAUCGUUAAAAAGGCAGACUAUGUAUUUCUGGAGGCAUAUACAUCAAUUCUUUGUGUAGGAAAGGAAGUAUUGGAAGAAUUUUAUGGAUGCAAAAUCCAGUUGGCUGACAGAGAAACAGUGGAACAAAAUUCUGAUCUUAUUCUGGAACAUGCCAAGGAGAAAGAUGUUGCUUUCUUGGUUGUUGGAGAUCCCUUUGGGGCCACUACCCACACAGACCUGGUAUUGAGAGCUCACCAGAUGGGCAUUCAAUACCAAGUGAUCCAUAAUGCUUCUAUUAUGAAUGCAGUUGGAUGCUGUGGACUUCAGUUAUACAACUUUGGAGAGACAGUGUCCAUUGUACUUUGGACUGAUAACUGGAAACCAGACAGUUUUUAUGAUAAGAUUGCAAGUAACAGAAAACAGGGUCUUCAUACACUUUGUUUAUUAGACAUUAAAGUAAAGGAACAGUCCUUGGAGAAUUUGAUGCGGGGGAGAAAGGUUUAUGAACCUCCACGUUACAUGAGUGUAAAUGAAGCAGUGAGUCAACUUUUAGAUGUUGUGAGGAACAGAGAUUUUCAAGGAGAACCACCAGCUUACACAGAUGAUACAAUUGCUGUGGGUGUAGCACGAGUUGGCUCAGCCAAUCAGCAGAUAGUUUGCAGCAGCAUGAAGGAGCUCUUGUCACAUGACCUCGGGCCACCUUUACACUCUCUUAUUAUACCUGGACAUUUGCAUUUUAUUGAAAAAGACAUGCUUAGGAUAUUUGCUUUGAAUCCGGCUAUACUGGAUGAGAGCUGACAUCCAAGAAGACUUAAAAUAGUAUCAAUUGGAAUGCACAAGUGUACAUUUAAAGAAGCAAUGAAAUGUUUUGUGGAAUGUAACAAAAAGAAGUCCAUCUUAAUUGUCUACAUUGUUCCCAAUUCUAUCCUGUUUUUGCGCUACAUUUCAAACACAUUCUAGGGAGAUAAGACAUACCAUUCCACCUUUUAUUAACACCUUAAUGCUACAAAACUUUAUAUGAAUUAAUGUAUGGUAAUGCAUGUGACAAUGCAUAUGUGACAAUACAUGUAUGACAAUGCAUAUGUGACAAUGCUUGUGUGAUAAUGCAUGUGACAAUACGUGUGUGAUGAUGCAUGCAUGACAAUACAAUGUCUAAGCUAUCCUCCCAUAGAAAAUUUUGAAAUCAGAAAUA